CAGCAGCGCACCAGUGUUCCUUGUACCUCUGGCUAGGUGACUGCUACGCCGCCGCCCCCGCGCACCACACACCACGAGAUAAACACCACACACCACUCCCACGCCCUCGCAAACCCUCACGCACCCUUCACACCACGCUAGCAUCUCACUGGAACCCUCGGAGCUCACCAGCAUAAGCGUGUCCCUCAUGGCGAAGGAUUUGAGUGACGAGUGAGUAAGCUGGAGUGAGGAAGGCAGUGGUGGUGGUGGUCGGGAUGGAGUGGCAUGUGGGAUGACUGGAGUGACGGAGUGGAGUUAGCAUACCUCACUCCUCUUCUGACUUAUUCUUUUCCUCUCUUUAAUUGGAAGUGAGAGAGAGAGAGAGAGAGAGGAGAUAAAAGAACUGACUCUGCAUUUAAAUCUCCCUCUUGUGAAGUGUUUAUUUUUGUUUGUUUGUUUGUUUGUUAUUCUUACGUGUGUUAAAAGUCACGUGUUUUUUUACUGUGAGUUUGUCAGAGUCCGUGCGAUUGCGUGAGUGAGUAACGCAACGCACUCAUCGGUAGUGUGUGCGUGUGCGUGCGUGUGUGUGUGUGUGUGUGUGUGUGUGCACUGUAUUUAUAUGGUGACGUGGAGAAGAAAAAAGAGAUAGAGAGAGAGGGAGGGAGAAAUAAAGAGCAGCAGAAGGGAGCUUUGUCUGUCUGUCUGUCUGUCUGUCUGUCUGUCGAGGAGAAAUAGAAGACUGAACACGUAAGAGAAGAUAAUAAGGAAAAUAAUUAAAAGAAUAAAAAAGACAAGAAAAAACUACAAAAAUCAAAGAAAAAAAGAAAACACGUAAAAAAAACGAAUGAUGAAACACGAAGACACACACUAACCCACUCACAGCCUCGUCAGCGCCUGCGUGUGUGCGUGCGUGCGUGUGCGUGUGUACUGUACCUUUGUGCCGCUGACGCAGAAACAGGAAGUGGCGCAGCUGUUGGAGGUGCUGACAGCGGCGUGGAGGCGUGGGCUGUCAGGCUGUCUGUCUAUCUGACUGUCUGGCUGUCACUCACUUGAAAAAGAACCACUGAAAAGUCCAGAGUUUAAAAAUUUCUAAGAACGUGACCGCUCCAGACGCGCCCCGCAGACAGGUAGCCGCGGGCGUGCAGGGGCGGGCGUGGGGGGGAAUAUAAUGCCUGCUGGGGGCGCGGGCGGGCGUCGUAAUGCCAGUGAGCAGCUUCAGCAGGCGUGUCGGCGGUGGUGGAGGCGAAGGCGGCGAGUUUACUGUAGCAACUAAGGGGGAAGACUCACCAAUGGACACCACAAGUCUUACCUCCCCCGCCACCACCUCGGCCUCCAAGUACGAGCUCGAGGACUACGUGUACGAGAUGGAGUGUCGCGCCGAGGAGAUUGCUGCGGCCGCGGAGGAGGAGGAGGCCGACGUGUACUCCAGGCUGGCGCAGAAGGAGCGAGACCUGAUCCUAGCGGCGGAACUGGGGAAGGCGCUGCUGGAGAGAAAUGAGAUCCUGGUGCAGCAGAAUGAGCGCCUGGCCGAGGAAUACAGCCACAAGUUAGAGGUGCUGGAGCAGGAGAAACACGGACUCAGGAGGAAAUUGGCGUCUGCAGAGAGUGAAUUUGAUGUGAAGGUGCAAGAAAUCAACAUUGACCUCCAACAUGCCAAGAGUGAGCUACAGGACCAGAGGGACUCUCUUCGCCAGACGGAUCGAGAGAAAAGCAUCCUUAUUGACCAACUCACGGAACAGAACCAGCGACUCACCACGCAACUCAAGGAUUCCUCCAAACACGAGCAGCAGCUGGAGCAACAACUACAGCUGCUACGGGACCAGUUCAACCUGCGCAAAUCUAAUAUGAGUGAGCAAGUGUCCACGCUGGAGAUUCUAAGCGAGGAGAUCACGCUGCUGUCAGAGAAGAAGAUGGAGCUGGAGCGGCGAAUCGACAGCUUGCUAAAUGAACGAGAGGGUCUGAGCUCCCACCUGGAUGAGUCUUCGGACAGAAUCAUGAUGCUGGAGAAACAGUCGCGGGAGCAGGAGGCCAUGCUGCGUAACAGUCAGAAGGACCUGGAUGACCUGCGCCACACUAACCUGUCCCUCACUGACCGUCUGGAGGCAAUCAGUCGCAACUCCUCCUCGCCAUCCAUGGGCCACACCUCACUCAUGAACGAGAUCGACAUGAGUGACCAGGAGGCAUCCCGGCCACACUCCCACCCCAGCCUGCCUGAAGACCUGCUGGAACUGGACGAGAUAGAGUGUGAUGAUCCUGUCCUUCUGCCCUCCUCUGACGGCGAGACACUCAAGACGGGCCGCAUCUCACUGCGCCAGGAGGUGGUGGACGCGGUGGGGCAACUGCGGGUGAUGACUGAGCAACUGAGACACAGGCGGCGCAACUCACUCACCUCACUCUCCACAAACUCCUCCGACGAACUCACUCCCGAUAAACUCAAGGGCGGGGUGCUGUCGUCGGCGGUGAAGGAGGUGCAGGGACUUGUCCGGGACCUGCUGCGUCGGGAGGCAGGGCAAUGUGGCUCCUGUGGUCGGGGCGAGGACAGACUCCAGCUGGAGCAGGAAGUUCACCGAGCACUGGAGGCCGUGGACAAGCUGAACAUUGAGCUGAACGACACUAAGGACAAACUGAAGGGGAAGACUGACGAGGCGGCAGAGCUUGGCAACCAGGUAACACUGAUGGAGACGCAGCUGAAGGCCGUGGAGGAGCAGAGGGACACCUUCAAGCAGGACCUGGAGAGCACACACUUAGCUAAGGACGAGCUCAUGAAGAAGGCGUGGGACAUGAGGGACAACGCCGUGGCCCGCAAGAACGCCUGCGAGAUUGAGCUGGCCAGGACGAGAAUUGAUGUGAUGCAGGUCAACUCUCAGCUGAUGGAGGCAAUUCAGCAGAAGGUGGAACUGUCGCAGCAGCUGGAGCAGUGGCAGGUGGACAUGCAACAGCUCCUCGACGAACAGAUGAGGAGGAAACUGAGUAAGCUAGAGAUGGGCAGCUCCUCCAGGCGCCACCAUAACCCCAGCGAUUCAGACUCCUCCUCCAGCGGGAAAGUGUCACCCAGAAAGAACUCCAGGUUAUUCUCUAUUCUUACCACUCUCAAGCGGUAACCUUCUGCCAGCUGUUCCUUAACCCCCACAAUGUCCUGUUUCUUCAUCUCAGCACUGUCCCGUCCCUGUCAUAUGAUCCUUAACUCCUACACUGUCCCAUUACUUAAUUUCUACACUGUCUCGUCCCUGCCAGCUGUUCCUCAACCCCCUACACUGUCCCGUUCCUUCACUCUGAGCUCUUCAUCUUUGUAUCCUUGUUUAGUGGUAUGACUUUUCCUUUUCCUUUCCCCUCCACUGUUCCAUUCCUUCACCUCAACACUGUCCCGUCCCUGCCACAUGGUCUUUAAUCCAUACAUUUUUCCACACCCAUCACUGUCACGCUCCUUCACUCUUAGCUCUUGAUCUUUGUGUCCUGUUCCUUCAUCUCAUCACUGCCCUAUUCCUUCACUCUUGUCUAGCUCUUCAUUUUUGUAUCUCUGUUUGCUGGUGUGAUUUUUCCUUCUCCUUCCCUCCACUGUCUCGUUCCUUCACUUCUGAGCUCUUCAUCUUUCUCACUUCUACAAAUCUCACUCCUGUCUUAUUUUUACUUACUUUACUACUUAAACUUCUAUUAAAUUCACUUCUGUCUCACUUUAUUACUUACUUUACGACUUAAACUUCCAUAAACUUCACUCCUAUGUCUUUCUUUUACUCAUUUUACUACUUAACACUUCACAACAACCCCUCUCACAACUCCUCCUCUCCCAGUACCUUUACAAUCAGUCACAAUCACUCUCGUACUCUCACUCCAACAGUUCACCCUUCCUCCCUCCCUCCCUGUCUGUCUGUCUGUCCCACUGGCCCCCCUGGUGAGAGAAUCCGCAACAAGGCUUUAUCAGAACCAGGCUUUAAUAAAUGAGUCUGUCCUGGAGGAUUAGUCUCUGUCAUGUUGUUAUUAUUAUUAUUAUUAUUAUUAUUAUUAUUAUUAUUAUUAUUAUUAUUAUUAUUGGUGUUAUUUUUCGUCAUCCUCGCCACCCUCAGAACCCAAAGCCUUAGUUUAUAGUUUACUGAUUAAGAGAGAGAUUUAAACCCCUUUUUUAUACAUAUAUAUAUAUAGUAAUACGUUGUGUGUCUAAGUAUAUACAUAUUUUCUUUCUAUGUCUGCCUUACGAAUGAGAAUUUCUACCUAGUUUUAAGGUCUUUGCAUAAGGUAUACAUUAUUCUGGUAGUGAAGGAGAUAGUGGUGGUGUGUGUGUGUGUGUGUGUGUGUGUGUGUGUGUGUGUGUGUGUGUGUGUGUGUGUGUGUGUGUGUGUGUGUUUAACUAUACUUAGCUGUGAUAUACUUGCUACUAUCUGUCUGUCCGUCUGUCUGUCUGUCUGUCUGUCUGUCCAGCCUCAUCAGUUAUACCUCUCUGGAUACAAUGAUGUUUUCCUCACGUUUAUAAGAUUUCAACACAUUUAUCCCUUUCUUUUGCCUAACUCUUUCGAACCUGCAAGGGGACUGGCUAUUAAGUGGGCCUUUUAUUUUUUUAUUUUUUCUCCUUGGCCAGCUUUCCCCUCUUACAUAAAAAGAAAGAAAGAAAAUACCUCGGCAUGACGUCCCUAGCUUGGUGUGGUGGGAGUAUUGACAUGCAAGCACCAGUCGUUUGCAGUUAGCCUAGCCACAC